AUGAACACUGUGUGCCUUCACAAUCGAUAUGAUUGGAUCAGGACAUCGGGUGACGUCCUACAUUUGUCCGAUGUAUAUGUGUGCACAUGCGGGUCUCAGCCCAGGUCGCUGGCCUGGGCACCUCUCCAAUGCGCCGACAUGCGCAUGCGCGUCUCCGCGCAUACACUUUCCCCCGACGACUGGCAGCGCAUCGAGGCCGUAAUAACUGAACUGCACGCGCAAGGCCAAGUUGAUCGCUUUGCGCGCUCGCACCAGGCAGUAUUCAGGCAGGUGCAUGGGCAAGCGGCGUUUUUUCCCUUUCACCGGCGCUUCGUCAUCGAGUUUGAGGACCUCGGGCGCCAGAUUGAUCCAGAAUUCACUAUCCCAUACUGGGACACCACGUUGGACGCCAGGAACCCCGCGCCAGCCCCCUAUUGCGUAACGAAACCCUGGGCGGCAACGGCCAAGGCCCCAAUGGCUGCAUACAGUGCCGGCGCCCGCAUGAAUCCAUGGACUCCGGCCGAAAUCAUCACGUCGUAUAUCCAGACCAAUAAUCGCUUGUCCCGUUUCCGUGAGAACAUCGAGUUUAGCAUCCACGGGGCCACACACCUGGGGCUCGGCGGUGACGCAGCGACAAUGUUUGCGCCAAACGAUUUCUUUUUCUUCAUGCACCACGCUAAUCUCGAUCGUCUGUGGUGGAUAUGGCAAAACAACCAGGACGCAAUGUUCGACUACAACGGGCCCGGGCCAAACGGCGAGGCCACCCUGGACGAUAUUAUUCCGCAGAACCGUAUGCUUAGCUUUGGCGGCGAGCGCGUCGAAGAUGUGAUGGUUCUGGGGUACGGCAAUGUCUGCUACAUUUACGAUUCGGCGCCUAGGGCCCCAGGGUCCUACCCCAGUCAAAGAAACAUUGACGAUUUUGACGAAUCUCUGCCUGGCAGAGUCAUCCAUGGCAGUGAGCCGGUGUCGCGUCUCCCAAUGUUCAGUGGGUCGUCUGAUUUGGCUGGCCGCGGCCUGGAGAUCACUCGCAUCCACAAGGCGCUCGGCGAGAACUCUGAUCUGCAAGCGUUCUUCCCUCAGGUGGCCUCAAUGGAGCCGUCGCGGCUGGAGGUGGCAAUGGCUGCUGGCGCUGGUGCUGCGACGGCGGCUGUUUCUGUUGGCUCCAGCCGGGCUAUGGGCAAGUGCGGCCAGAGAAAGCGCAUUAUAUACCCUGCGCGCAUGUCUAACGCGUGGAUCAAGAUGCACGGCUUUGACAUUGAGCGCGUUGAGCAGGUCCAUCGUGAGGCAUGUCGCUUGAUCGACCUGCUUAACAACAGUACAUAUGUCUCGCCUUAUUAA